UCGCAAUCAAAGUUUAACUUUCGUCUGCUAUGUUUAUUAAGUUUUAAGUUUUUAAACCGAAGAUAUUUUUUAUUUAUCUGUCUCAAUGAUUAUUAUUAAUGUUUAAAAACGUAGUACUUAACAAAAAGAAUAAUUACGUUAAUAAUUAAGAGAAGAGAAGAUGUCAAAAAGGUCAAGGUUUAUACUGUUUUAUCCCAUAUGUGUUAGAUACAUGGGUUGUUUAAGGCACGUGUUUAUGGGAAAUGUAAUGCUUCUGUUGAUUCUCUCGGUUUUAAUUCCUCGUAUAUAUUCAUUAAAUAAUGGCGAAGCUUUAACACCUCCAAUGGGAUGGCUUGCGUGGGAACGUUUUAAAUGCAAUAUCAAUUGUGAUCGAGAUCCGAAUAAUUGUAUCAGUGAAAAGUUAUUUAUGGAAAUGGCAGAUCAUUUAGUUAAGGAUGGAUUCAGAGAAGUGGGAUAUCAGUAUAUAAAUAUUGAUGACUGUUGGAUGUCCCGUCAUAGAGAUAAAAAUGGUCAUCUUGUUGCUGAUCCAAAAAGAUUUCCUAAUGGAAUAAAAUUUUUAGCAAAAUAUAUGCAUGAUAGAAAUUUGAAACUAGGAAUUUAUCAAGAUUUUGGUCUUCUCACUUGUAUGGGUUAUCCUGGAAUUGUUGGUCAUAUGGAAACAGAUGCAAAAACAUUUGCUGAAUGGAAUGUGGAUAUGGUGAAAUUGGAUGGCUGUCAUUCAUCUCCUAAAGAUAUGGAUAAAGGCUAUAUCCAAAUGGGAAAUUUUUUAAAUAAAACUGGAAGAUCUAUGCUUUAUUCUUGUAGUUGGCCAUUUUAUCAAUUAAUUUCUGGAAUGGAGCCAAAUUAUACUAGUAUUGCUCAUCAUUGUAAUCUAUGGAGAAACUUUGAUGAUAUUGAAGAUUCAUGGAAAAGUUUAUUAAAAAUUAUUAAAUUUUUUGGAGAUAAUCAAGAAGUAAUGGCCAAACAUGCACGUCCUGGUUCAUGGAAUGAUCCUGAUAUGAUAAUUAUUGGAAAUUCAGGAUUGAAUUAUGAGCAAGCAAAAGUUCAGAUGGCAAUGUGGGCAAUAUUAGCAGCUCCAUUAUUAAUGUCAAAUGAUCUGAGAAAAAUUCCCUCUAAUUUUAGAGAAAUUUUACUUAAUAAAGAAGUUAUAGCAGUUAAUCAAGAUAAAUUAGGAAUUCAAGGAAAAAGAAUUUAUAUGGAGAAGAAAGUAGAAAUAUGGACUCGUCCAAUUAAUCCAGUUAGAAGUGAAUUUUAUUCUUAUGCAAUUGCUUUUUUAAACAUCAAUAGUGAAUCUGUGGAAUUAUCUAUUACUUUUAAAGAAGUGGGAUUAACAUUUUACAAUGGAUAUCAUGUAAAAGAUCUUUUUGAUGGAAAAGAUUAUGGUUUUAUACAACCUCAUGACAAUUUUAAAAUUUCAAUAAAACCUACAGCUAUUGUUAUGGUAAGAGCAAUUGUUAUUUCAGAUAAUUUUAAUUACUUAUAAUGUAUUAAAAAUGUUUAAAGUAAUUUAAACAAACUUAUUUAACAUCUACAAUUGUUAUAGUAUACAUAUGGCAGUUUAAAAAAAUAAUCUAAAUCAACUUGUCAUUUGAUGCAGCUUUAAAACUGAGCUUAUAUAAAACAAA